AUGGAAACUUAUGCCAGUAAUAUAGAUACCAACAAAGUCUACCCACUCACCAAGCCUUCCAGCCAUAUAACACCCUUCCCAUCCAGUUUCAACCCUCUUUCAGAGUCCACCCCACUCACCCCCGGACCAUGGACUGCCCACUUUCCCAAUAUCGUAGCCAUCAACCAGCCCUUCCGCCUCCGUAUCGAAUGCAACCAUGAAGACAUCAAGUACUGCCCCCCAAAUUAUAACAUCCAAUUAUACGGCCCGACGGCCGCCUCCGUCCCCAUUACCGCACUCUCAAAAGUAAACUCCCGCACUGUCGAAGCCGCAAUGGUGCUCCACGAACAAGGAGAAUACCAGGUCUACGCGUGGCCAAACUACCCCAACUGCACCGAACUACAGGGAGACCCUGAUGCCGCCAAGCUCUACAAGCAGUCUGUAGGCGGGACACCGCACUUGCUCAUUGCCCAGAGAGGCCCAUUCCCAAUCGGCAGAGACAAGUACGAUGUCCACCGCGCCUGCAAGAGCUACGAGGAAGUGCUAGACGGCCGAUGGAUCAACCACGACCUCGUCGAGUCCAGCAUGCGGACCACCUACUCGUACGGCGAAUUCCAUCCCUCGCAGGUCUCGAUCGCAGAAAACUCCCUGCCCGACUCGGCGGACCAUUCGCGAUACGUGUACUCACCCUACGACUGCAAGAUCCCGCACAGGAGCUUUGCGGAUGUCCUGGACGAGGCGCCGGCGCUGAGCCAUGUAGUUUUCAUCGGCGGGUCAGUUGCUCGCGGAUAUGUGUGCGCGCGGGCCUUCCCGGAUUUGUUCGGGAACGAUGAGGGUACGGGUGUGUGUGAGCAGCACCCAGAAAUGCCCCUGCUCGAGCACGGCAACAGGGCUGCAACGCGGACCUACUCCAGCUUCCAGGGACGCAAGGUAGACGUCACGUUUGCCUUCGUGGGCGCAAGAUUCAGUGAUGCCGUCAAGCGCCUUGACAAGCUAAAGACACCCCAAGCUGUAGUGUUCGACGUAGGCAACUUCGCCGGCAGCAUGCCCGACGACGAGUUCCUCGAGCACCACAAAACGGCCUUCGCCUACUUCGACACGCGCUGGAAAGGCGCGCACGUGCUCGUCCGGUCGGCCGCCAGCGUGGUGCAGCCGCUGCAAUGCUUCGGAGAAGAGGGCCACACGCGGGCCACCUCGUGGGCGAAGCGCGGCCUCACCCUCGCCGCCGUCAAGCAGUGGGCCGCGCAGAUCAAGGCCGAGAGGGCCGCCAAGAUGGAUGACAUGGAGCUCGAGGAGGCCGCGAGCACCCGCGUGUCGUUCAUCGACGCGUACACGAUCACGGACCCAAGGCCGGAGACGAGCAUGGAUGGGUACCAUUGGAUGUAUCCGGCGCCGAGGAUGGAGAAGGGGUUUUUGGAAUGGAAUUUGACGGUGCGGCCGACGGUGGGCGAGGCGGAGGAUAUGCUGUUGGAUUGGAUGUGGGAUGAGAUUGUGAUGAGGAGGUCGAUGGCGUCGCUGUGA